AUGUGUCAAAACAACGUAGAUUUGAAGAAUUUCUUGAAAACAAUUGAUAAUAAUUUUUAUAAAGAAGCAAUAUUACCUCGUGAUGCUUUAUUUGGUGGGCGAACUGAAAAUUUUUGUGUUUCACAUACUGUUACUGGUUCUCAAAAGAUAUACUACGUGGACGUCACAUCACUUUAUCCUUCGGUAUUGAAGAAAAAUAUUUACCCGCUAGGCCAGCCUAAAGUUUUUGUUCUGGAUGAUAUACGUGAGCUUUGUCCAGAUAAUAACAUAAAAAAUUGUACUCAUAACGAAUCAGAACGAGCACUUAUUGGUACUUGGGUAUCUGAAGAGUUGAAAGUAGCGGUUGAGAAAGGGUAUAAAAUUUUACAAAUAAAAGAAAUAUGGCAUUGGGAUAAAACAACUCAAUAUGACCCGAAAACUAGAACUGGUGGUCUAUUUACAGGUUAUAUAAAUAAAUUUUUAAAAAUAAAACAAGAAGCUAGUGGUUGGCCUGUAGAGUGCGUUGAUGACGCAUCAAAACAAGCAUACAUAGAUAAUUAUAGUAAAGUAGAGGGAAUUGAUUUAGAUCCUACGAAAAUUGAAAAAAAUCCUGGUUUACGUCAAGUUAGUAAAAAUAACUUGAAUUCGCUUUGGGGUAGGCUAGCAAUGGAUAAUAUUUCGGAUAUGUACAGUAUUAUUCAAAAUAUUCAAGAUUUUAAUAAAAUUAUUGAAAAUGCCAAUAUUAAAGUUUCUUGCAUAACUAUUAUCGAUGAUGAUACACUAUUUGUCAAUUGGAAAUAUGUUGAAAGUUGUGAUAGAACUGAUAGCUCAACUAAUCCAGUUCUAGGCGCAUUCACGACUGCGCAUGCGCGCUUAGAAUUAUACAAAUAUCUUGAUAAAGUUCAGUCACGAGUAUUGUAUGUUGAUACUGACUCUAUAGUUUUUAUUUCUGAGAAUGAAAAUGAUAAACUGCCAUUAGGUAAUUAUUUAGGUGAUCUCACUGAUGAGCUUGAUGGUGGUUACAUAAAAACUUUUAUUUCUGGGGGCCCUAAAUUUUAUAGUUAUAUUGCUGAAAAACCUGAUGGUACAAUAAGUAAAGUAUGUAAAUUAAAAGGUGUGCGCCUUGACGUUAAUGCUCAAAAAUUAGUCAAUUAUGAUAGUAUUAAGACUUUAACUGAUGGUGAAAACGACAAAAUUAUUGUAACUUGUGACUCAAUACGUAGAACUAAAGAACAUGAUGUACAUACAAUAUCAGAAUCGAAAAUUGUACGUGUUACCGGUCCGAAACGGAAAUUUACGGCUAACAUGAAUAAUACAUUACCGUACGGUUAUAAUACUAUGUAUAAUAGCGGUAAAAAAAGACAUGGGGGCUUAACUACUGAGUAUAAUACUAGCCAGUAUAAUACCAGUAAAAAAAGACCUAGGGACUUAACGACUGAGUAUAAUACAUGUAAUAAUACUGUAAAUAAACGUGCUAAAUAUGUUAUAUGA